GGGGGAGCACAGGAGUGGCCCCAGGGAGUGGCCGUGCACACUCAGCCCUUUGGGGUCUGAUAAGGGGGCCCUGGUGAUGGCCUGAUUGCUCUUCCCACGGUCACUGUCCUCCAGGGCAUCUUGGAGUCAGGGCCUGAUCCCUCGGGCUGGCCAAGACCUGGGGCACCCACCAGUGCUCCCUCCUGUGAACCCAUCCAAGGGCUCCCCAGUGUCCUGUCUGCCGUCUGCCCUGAGGCUUGGCCUGCAGGCUCCUUCCAUGACUAGCCCCAUGGGGCCUGCCAGUAUCCAGGGUCAGGUCCCACAGCUGCACCUACCCUGCAGGUUCACGUUGACUCUGGGGGCCCCUCCCAGGUCCCUCCUGCACCCGGCAGGGCUGUGGGCACAGCAUGGGUUCAGGCCUUGCCCUGGGAAGCCCCAUACACAGUGGUACUCCGUGGGGUGGUGCAGGGGCACCCUGGGGGCCAGGGCUGGUUGUACACAGAGCAUCCCCACCUUUUGUCAGCUCACUGGUCCUCCGGCCAGCCUCUCCAGACAGGCACUGUCGUGACCACAUUUUACAGACCGGGACACCGAGGCUCAGUGACACAAGCUCCGAGGUCACACCAUGGGAAAUCACAAACGGCCUGGCUCCAAAUGCCACACUCCUUCCCCAGCCUCAAAGAGCCCUGCCCCAAGUGUGGGUCUGUUUCAUGAGGACCAGAAGUUUCUGGGCUCCUAGGGACCCUGUGCCUGGCACCAGAUGGCACCUGGAUGCUCAGGGUGAAUGAAUGAGAGGGUGAUCCUUCAGAGGCAGGUGCCCCACAGCUGCGACCACAGGGGCCGGCUCUGGUGCACAUGCUGGACUCCUGCAGCUACUGGACUGGUUGAGUCCUGACCACCAGGCUAGUGCCAAAGGCACAGUGAGAGGCCACGGCGGCCUCUGCCCACCCCACAUUGCCGAGCAGAGUCCUAGUGGGGUGCCUGGGUCCCUCCCCAUUCCAGUGGGAACUUCCCCUCCACCAGGCAGGGCAGGGCAGGGUGGAAGGGCCUGACCUUGUGUCUGAGGGAGCCGAGCAGGUGGGAGCUGACCCUGGGUCAGAGGCCCCCUCCUGGGGCCGCUAUCCCGGCCUAUGCUUGGCACCGUCAGCACUGGGUGGGGCCAGGCCGAGGGGCCCUCCACUUAAACAGCAGAGUCAGCGCGUGGGGCCAGUGAAGGCUCAUAACCGCACAGAACUUCCCAAGCACCCUGUGUGGCCGCACUGGCCCUGCUUCCUCUGGCCCAACCAUGCCUCUGCCCAGCCACCUGCUGCCCGCCCUGGUCCUGUUACUGGCAAGAUCCCCAGGCUGGGCCUGGGUCCCCAGCCACUGCAGGAGCCCCGGCCAGGUUGCGUGCAACUUCGUGUGUGACUGCAGGGACUGCUCAGAUGAGGCCCAAUGUGGUUAUCGUGGGGCCUCGCCCGCCCUGGGCACCCCCUUCGCCUGCGACUUCGAGCAGGACUCCUGCGGCUGGCGGGACAUUAGCACCUCAGGCUACAGCUGGCUCCGAGACAGGGCGGGGGCCGCACUGGAGGGUCCUGGGCCUCACUCAGACCACACGCUGGGCACCGACCUGGGCUGGUACAUGGCCGUCGGAACCCACCGAGGGAAAGAGGCGUCCACCGCAGCCCUGCGCUCGCCAACCCUGCGAGAGGCAGCCCCUUCCUGCAAGCUGAGGCUCUGGUACCAUGCGGCCUCUGGAGAUGUGGCUGAGCUGCGGCUGGAGGUGACCCAUGGCUCAGAGACCCUGACCCUGUGGCAGAGCACAGGGCCCUGGGACCCCGGCUGGCAGGAGUUGGCAGUGACCACAGGCCGCAUCCGGGGUGACUUCCGAGUGACCUUCUCUGCCACCCGAAAUGCCACCCACAGGGGCGCUGUGGCUCUAGAUGACCUAGCGUUCUGGGACUGUGGUCUGCCCACCCCCCAGGCCAGCUGCCCCCUGGGACACCACCACUGCCAGAACAAGGUCUGCGUGGAGCCCCAGCAGCUGUGCGACGGGGAAGACAACUGCGGGGACCUGUCUGAUGAGGACCCACUCACCUGUGGCCGCCACACAGCCACCGACUUUGAGACAGGCCUGGGCCCAUGGAACCGCUCGGAAGGCUGGUCCCGGAACCACAGCGCUGGUGGUCCUGAGCGCCCCUCCUGGCCACGCCGUGACCACAGCCGGAACAGUGCACAGGGCUCCUUCCUGGUCUCUGUGGCCGAGCCUGGCACCCCUGCUAUACUCUCCAGCCCGGCAUUCCAAGCCUCAGGCGCCUCCAACUGCUCGGUGAGAUGGGUGGGGCUCACAGGGCCUCCGUGCUGGCUGCCCAGGUGCAGGGCCCCCAGCCAGCUCUUGGUUCCACAGCUGAUCUUCUAUCACUACCUGCAUGGCUCUGAGGCUGGCUGCCUCCAGCUGUUCCUGCAGACUCUGGGGUCCAGUGCCCCCCAGGCUCCCGUCCUGCUGCGGAGGCGCCGAGGGGAGCUGGGGACUGCGUGGGUCCGAGACCGUGUUGACAUCCAGAGCGCCCACCCCUUCCAGAUCCUCCUGGCCGGGCAGACAGGCCCGGGGGGCGUCGUGGGUCUGGAUGACCUCAUCCUGUCUGACCACUGCAGACCAGUCCCGGAGGUAUCCACCCUGCAGCCACUGCCUCCUGGGCCCUGGGCCCCAGUCCCCCAGCCCCUGCCGCCCAGCUCACGGCUCCAGGAUUCCUGCAAGCAGGGGCAUUUUGCCUGCGGGGACCUGUGUGUGCCCCCGGAACAGCUGUGUGACUUCGAGGAGCAGUGCGCAGGGGGCGAGGACGAGCAGGCCUGCGGCACCACAGACUUUGAGUCCCUCGAGGCCGGGGGCUGGGAGGACGCCAGCGUGGGGCGGCUGCAGUGGCGGCGUCUCUCAGCCCAGGAGAGCCAGGGGUCCAGUGCAGCUGCUGCUGGGCACUUCCUGUCUCUGCAGAGGGCCUGGGGGCAGCUGAGCACUGAGGCCCGGGUCCUUACACCCCUCCUUGGCCCUUCUGGCCCCAGCUGUGAACUCCACUUGGCUUACUAUUUACAGAGCCAGCCCCGAGGUUUCCUGGCACUAGUUGUGGUAGACAACGGCUCCCGGGAGCUGGCAUGGCAGGCCCUGAGCAGCAGUGCAGGUGGCUGGAAGGUGGACAAGGUCCUUCUAGGGGCCCGCCGCCGGCCCUUCCAGCUGGAGUUUGUCGGUUUGGUGGACUUGGACGGCCCUGACCAGCAGGGAGCUGGGGUGGACAACGUGACCCUGAGGGACUGUAGCCCCACAGUGACCACCAAGAGAGACAGAGAGGUCUCCUGUAACUUUGAGCGGGACACAUGCAGCUGGUACCCAGGCCACCUCUCAGACACACACUGGCGCUGGGUGGAGAGCCGUGGCCCUGACCACGACCACACCACAGGCCAAGGCCACUUUGUGCUCCUGGACCCCACAGACCCCCUGGCCUGGGGCCACAGCGCCCACCUGCUCUCCAGGCCGCAGGUGCCAGCAGCGCCCACGGAGUGUCUAAGCUUCUGGUACUACCUCCAUGGACCCCAGAUUGGGACUCUGCGCCUGGCCAUGAGACGGGAAGGGGAGGAGACACACCUGUGGUCACGGUCGGGCACCCAGGGCAACCGCUGGCAUGAGGCCUGGGCCACCCUUUCCCACCAGCCUGGCUCCCGUGCCCAGUACCAGCUGCUGUUCGAGGGCCUCCGGGACGGAUACCACGGCACCAUGGCGCUAGACGACGUGGCCGUGCGGCCAGGCCCCUGCUGGGCCCCUCAUCACUGCUCCUUUGAGGAUUCGGACUGCGGCUUCUCCUCGGGAGGCCGGGGUCUUUGGAGGCGCCAGGCCAAUGCCUCGGGCCACACAGCCUGGGGCCCCCCAACAGACCACACCACUGAGACAGCCCAAGGUAUGGGGGCCUGGCAGGGGCAGGGAUUGGGGGGCUGGCCAGGGGCUGGCAGGCUGAUGCUGGCACCUCCAGGGCACUACAUGGUGGUGGACACCAGCCCAGACGCACUGCCCAGGGGCCAGACGGCCUCCCUGACCUCCAAGGAGUAUAGUCCCCCUGCCCAGCCUGCUUGCCUGACCUUCUGGUACCACGGGAGCCUCCAUAACCCAGGCACCCUGCGGGUCCACCUGGAGAAGGGCAGGAAGCACCAAGUGCUCAGCCUCAGUGCCCACGGUGGGCUGGCCUGGCGCCUAGGCAGCGUGGACGUGCAGGCUGAGCAAGCCUGGAGGGUGGUGUUUGAGGCAGUGGCCGCAGGCGUGGCACACUCCUACGUGGCUCUGGAUGACCUGCUCCUCCAGGAUGGGCCCUGCCCUCGGCCAGGUUCCUGUGAUUUUGAGUCUGGCCUGUGCGGCUGGAGCCACCUGGCCUGGCCCAGCCUGGGCGGAUACAGCUGGGACUGGGGCGGGGGAGCCACCCCCUCUCGUUACCCCCAGCCCCCUGUGGACCACACCCUGGGCACAAAGGCAGGUACGUGCCCACUGGAGCCAGGUGGGGAGGCGACCCAGAGGCCACACACAGCCACCUGGCUUCCUGCUGCCCACCGAGUACACGCCCCAUCCAGAGGAGGCCCUGCCCACUCAGCCUCUGCUAGGGCCCUGAGGGCUGGCUCUGCCCAUCAGCCGGGCAUCAACCUCCUCUUGUUCCCAGGCCACUUUGCUUUCUUUGAAACUGGCGUGCUGGGCCCCGGGGGCCGGGCCGCCUGGCUGCGCAGCGAGCCUCUGCCGGCCACCCCGGCCUCCUGCCUCCGCUUUUGGUACCACAUGGGCUUUCCCGAGCACUUCUACAAGGGGGAGCUGAGAGUGCUGCUGCGCAGUACCCAGGGCCAGCUGGCCGUGUGGGGCACAGGCGGGCACCGGCGGCACCAGUGGCUGGAGGCCCAGGUGGAGGUGGCCAGCACCAAGGAGUUCCAGGUUGUGUUUGAAGCCACUCUGGGUGGCCAGCCAGCCCUGGGACCCAUUGCCCUGGAUGACGUGGAAUAUCUGGCCGGGCAGCGUUGCCAGCAGCCUGCCCCCAGCCCAGGGGACACAGCCGCACCCGUGUCUGUGCCAACUGCAGUUGGCAGUGCCCUCCUAUUGCUCAUGCUCCUGGUGCUGCUGGGACUUGGGGGACGGCGCUGGCUACAGAAGAGGGGGAGCUGCCCCUUCCAGAGCAACACAGAGGCCACAGCCCCCGGCUUUGACAACAUCCUUUUCAAUGCGGAUGGUGUCACCCUCCCGGCAUCUGUCACCAGCGAUCCGUAGACCACCUCAGACAAGGCCCCGCUUCCUCACGUAACAUCCAGCACUUGGUCAGACCCUAGCCGGGGACCGGACACCUGCCCUGCCCAGGCUGGGACAGGCUGCAGGUCUCAGGACAUGCCGAGGCCUGGGCGUUCCCUGCCCUGUGCUGACUGUUGCUCUGUGAAUAAACACCCCGGCCCAUGAGGGCGGCCCAAGC